AUGCUGUUGACAGCCAUUAGUCCCGAGGAACAUUGCCGAUUGACAGCCUCGAACGAGGACGAGGCAGGAAUCCCUGCUGCCAGCACCGCGGCCCGGUGCUCGUUGACGCCGGCACCCGGAUUCAGCACGUUGCCCACCACAACCUCCUCAACCAGACUCGCGUCCAACUUGUCCUUUUGGAUCAUAUUGGCCACCAGCUUCAUCAGCAGCUCGUCGGAGUUGACAUCUUUGAACUUCCCCUUACCAGCCUUUGUCAGCGCGGUUCUGUACGCGCUCACUAUCACCACGUCGUCGGGGCUCUUCGUGUUGACGCCCUGUCUUGCAAAUAUGUGGUUUCCUAUCUGUUUGCACCUGGAGAACAACCAGCUGGACGCGGUGGACCUCUUGCCGUCGAACGAGGGCCGCCAGAGCAUUGUGCAACAGCUCAUGGGAGGGUACGGUCUGCUGGACGACGCGCAGACGCGAUUGUUGACGCCCGCAAACGCGUCAGUGGACGACCUGGCAAAAUUCCACGACAGAGAGUACGCAGCCCAUCUGUUGCGGAAACGCGACUGGUCCCUCCACGUCAACCCACUGUCCCCCACACAGCGCCGUGUGGUGCAAGACAACCACAACAACAACAACAACGGGGGCACACGGCCAGACGCGUCGACCGACGCGGACGACACCCGAUUUGGACUGGUUUUCGACUGUCCCGUUUUUCCGUUUCUUGACGAGUACUGUUCCGUUACUGCAGGUGCGUCCCUGACUGCAGCCGAGUUUUUAAUAGAAACCCAUUCAACUGUGAUCAAUUGGUCUGGGGGACGGCAUCAUGCACACAAAUCAGAGGCGUCAGGGUUCUGCUAUGUGAACGAUGUUGUGCUUGCGAUUCUGAGACUUCGACAGAAAUACAAGCGGGUCGCGUAUAUCGACCUGGAUCUUCACCACGGCGACGGGGUAAGUGAAGCGUUCAAGUUUUCCCGGAACGUUUUGACCAUUUCUGUGCAUCGGACAGAUAUGCAUUUUUUCCCCGGGUCAGGUAAACAGCCUGUUGACGGAUUCGGACGAGGGGUGGGCUACGACGUAAACAUUCCAACAAAGAAAGGUUUAAGCGACCGGUCGUUUACAUGGAUCGUGGACAAUAUCGUGCUGCCGAAACUUGUCAACUUUUCGCCAGAGUGCAUGGUGAUUCAGUGUGGAGGAGACGGGCUGUGCACUGACCUAAAUUUUCGUGAAUGGAAUUUGACGCUACGUAAUUAUGGUCGUACGGUGAACAAGAUCGUCAAUACUGCGCGAAUCCCAACAAUGCUAUUAGGUGGGGGAGGCUACAAUGCCUUGGAGACAUGCAAGUUGUGGUGUUACAUCACCGGGCUGGUUUUAGGCAAGGACGCGGACAGAUGGGAUGCGCUGCCAGAUAUGAGCGGCGAUCUCUUGGACUUUCGGGAAAUGGAGUUUUGGCAGAAUGAUAAUCCGCGGAAUAUGCUCGACACCAACUCCGACGAAUAUUUAAUGCGCUUACAAAGAGCGAUUCUCCACUUGGGAAAAAAGAAUUUCACAAUCUAG